AUGUCGGGGAGGAUGGCUGGGCCAGGUGGCGGCGGAGUCUCGGAGCAGCGGCAGCGCGAGGCCGCGUUUGAUUUCGUCCGUCACACGAGCACCGCCGCCGUUCCGCCGUUGCCGCCGCCUCCCAAGGUGCCUCCGAAGCUGUUCCUGGCUGCAGGGAGUGGCGUCGUCUCCGGAGAGGAGGCGUUGAUGUUCUCGCCGCCGCCGGAGCUAGCGGGGGCCGUCGUCGUGAUGGUGAGCCCCACCUCCACGCUGCAGGCACCGACCGGCAGCCCCACACCUGCGGCGAGCACGGCCGUCCGGUUCUCCCGUCGCGAGGCGGCGACGACAUCAUCAUCAGUCGGAGACGAUCGUCGUGGGUGCAAGAGCCGGAGCCGGAGCCAGCAGAGCCACCAGCGCCCCUGGGAGGCGAGGCCCGUCGGGGUCGGCCUCGCCGGCGCCCUGAACGGCGACGCUGACGCCCUCCCACCGGCGGCGACGGUACUGACGACAGGCCAGAGGAUCCGGCCGUACCGGAGCUCCGCGUCGUCGUCCGCGCUGGUGGGCUCCCCCGAAAGCAGCAGCAGCCGGAGCCGGAGCCGGUGCCGGUGCGUGUUGUCGCCGAGGGAGAUGAUGGAAGCGUCGGAGGACUACACCCGCGUCAUCGCGCGCGGGCCCAACCCGAGGACGACGCACAUAUUCGACGACCGCGUCGUCGUCGUGGAGGACGAGCUCCUGAGGUGGUACCAUGGCUGCAGCAAGGACCUGGGACAGGGUAACGACAUCUUCAUGUACAGGGGGGAGAUGGCCUUCUGCAGCCUCGAGUGCCGCUACCGCGAGAUGCUGCUCUUCCACGAAGAAGAAGAAGAAGAAGAAUCCAGCUGA